AUGAUGGUAACGUUACUGACAACACUUAAUUCAGUUACAUCUCCCACUUCACUCUUCCAGUUAUAGCAUGGAUCCAGACAGUGAGCCGGAUACACAACGAGCUCUCAGUUUGCAAUGGAAGAGCUAUAAGCUCGUCCAAGACCCAGCCAUCCGGAGGGUUAACAACAAAAUAUAUCGAUAUGAUGGGGUACAUUUCAGUGUGCCGGUUGGUAUUGUUUUUACAUUACUUUUGUUAUGUCGGAGUAGGGUUGUUGUACAUGUCCUGUAUUGUAACUUUAACUUGUCAUUUCUCCAGGACUCGGGGUUCCCCCCAGUGGGAGAUUUGCGGGACCCUCGACCUCGUAGGAUCUGGUCCAGGCACACAGAGAUGGCCCUGCCAGUGCCCUAAGUUCAAGGUUAGAACCCUAACUAACUUGCUGACUCAUCAUACACUCACACCAGCCUCACUCUCUAAAACGCUGCUCUGUAGCAUGCCAUCUCUAAUUUCCUUCUCUUGUUCCCAAAGCUGGAUGAGUUCUACGUGGGCCCCAUUCCCCUCAAGGAGGUGACCUUCGCUCGCCUCAAUGACAACAUCAAGGAACCCUUCCUGGCCGAGAUGUGCGCCAAGUUUGGAGAGGUGGAGGAGAUGGAGAUAUUGUUUCACCCCAAGACCCGUAAGCACCUGGGCCUGGCCCGCGUGCUCUUCACCAGCACCAGGGGGGCCAAGGACACGGUCAAACACCUGCACAACACCACCGUCAUGGGCAACAUCAUUCACGCUCAGCUGGACAUCAAAGGUAUGACAUGGCUUUAUGUCUGUGGGGAUUUGAUUUUAUAUAAAAAAUCUAUUUUUUAUACAAAUAACUUCUAUUGCAAUUAUUAUUGAAGAAUAGAGAUGUUUUAUGGAGACAUGGUUAUUGUCACAUUAGUAUUUUGCAAAGAUAUUAGCAACAUCCUUGUCUUAUGGGUAUGUUUGUUUGUGUGUAUCUGCAGGCCAGCAGAGGCAGAAGUAUUAUGACCUGAUAGUGAGUGGAUCCUACACACCCCAGACUGUGCCCACAGGAGGCAAGGCCCUGACAGAGCGGUUCCAGCCCCCAGCUCCCACACAACCAGACACGGUACACUCACCAAGGGCUCAUCACAACCAUCCUACUGACAUUUUCAUGGAGGAUUUACCUUUAUGGUCCAUUAUGCUUGAGACUCUUUCAUAAUUUUCUACUGUGUGAUGUCUUUGACUUUCUCUAUCUAAUUCUUCCAUCUUCCUGUUCCUCUCUCUCUGUGCAGUCGUCAGAUAUCAGGCGGAGACUGUCCUCUGAGAUAGCUGGCCUGGCUGUGGGCUUGGCUGCAGGGGUGCCGGCUCUCACUCCUGGGAGCACCACCCCCUGCUCUGUGGACACGGGCUUCAGUGAGCAGCGUCUAGACACGACCCCCUCCUCCAUGGGCGGGCCCUACACCCCAGGCUCCUCCGCUUCCUCGCAGGGAGGAGGAACGCCCUACACCCCUCGCUCUGUCUCACAGGACUCGGGCUACGCUGUUGCCAGGUCAGUAUUGGGGUACAAACACCCUUCAUAAUAGCUCAGAGUUGAUCAUUUAUCCAAAGGUUUGUUUGUCAUUCCAAAAAAUAUUUAAAAAAAUAUUUAUUAAGAUAGUAAUAAUCAAUGUGGUAACUUGUGUUAUAUAUACACCAUCUUUCUCCUUUUGUUUCUUAGACAAGUUGGAUACAGUGCUGGCCCAUUGACCAGUGGCUACACUUCCCAGGACAUGCUUCCCUCCUCCUCCUGCUCCUCCUCUGCUGUCUCCUCCUCAGUUGGGGCAUAUAAAGCUCCCCGCUACCCGGAGGACCCCCAUGCACCUCCGCAAGACCCCUACCAAAGGUGUCGCCCCACGUACCCCCCCACCGGCCCGUUCCGUCCUAACGAGCCCCCGCUCUACCCCACAUACCCUAACGCUGGAGGGGCUGGACAGCACAUGGCACACCACCCUGCGAUGCCUCCCCCACCUCCUGCACCCCAGUACGAGCAGCCCCCUCUGGCAGACAGGGACAGAGAGCGGGACAGGGACUCAGGAGGGCGGUACGGUGCCGGUGGGAAUCGGCUCUAGAAGGUCAUCUUACCAGGAGGCCAAGUAUUCCCACCACUCACAUCACUCUGAGAGGGAGAGGGGCUACAGACGGGACAGCCUGGGCUCCAGAGAACACGGCAGACACCGUAACCACCAUUCACACAAUCACAGCAGCAGUAGUAGCAGCAGCCGACGACGGAGCAGCCACGACCGAGACAGCAGGGAGAGGGACAGAGACAGCGACUACUCAAACAGCUCCGACCCCAGAUUCAACGCCAACUCCCACCGCUCCUCCUCCAACAGCCUGUCCCCGCCUCCGUCCGCCUACCCCUCUUACUCCUCCUCCUCCAAAGACCAACCCCCUCCCCACGUCUCCUCCCGCCUGGAGCCCUCCUCAGUGUACCGUGCCCAGUCUAGUGGUGCUGGUUCUGGGGAGAGGGGGUCUGGGUCUGACAACAAGGACCCCCGAUCCCACCACACCCCUCUGCCGCCCCCUCCACCUCCUCCCCUCCCCCCUGCCUCUGUGAUAGCGGCGGCUGUAGCCGAGACGCUCAGCGCCCUUGACUUUGGCCAGGAGAGCCCAGUCAGAGAGGAGACGUGGACCAAGCCCAAACGCCGGCCCACCACCCCACCUCCCCCUCCUCAGCAUCCCUCCACCCCUCCCUCCUCUCCACCCCACUCCUCAAUCGCUUCCUCCUCCACUUCACCCUCCUCCACCUCCAUCCCUCACCAUCUCCCCCUCCUCCACCUCCCUCUCCCCACCCCCCCAGCGAGACUCCUCCUCCCCGGAGCCAGAUUCCACCAAUGAGAGCCUGCCAUUUGUCUACCACAGCAGCAGCUUAGACUCUCGUAUUGAGAUGCUCUUGAAGGAGCAGAAAGCAAAGUUCUCCUUCCUGGCCUCCGAUGAAGAUGAGGAGGAGGACAGGAAGGAAGAAAGGCAGAGAGAGAAGGCAGCAGCAGGGGAAGGAGGAGCAGCAGGGGAGGGAGGAGCAGCAGCAGGGGAGGGCAGGAGCAAUAAGCAGAGGGAGCAGGAUGGGGAGAAAGACAGGCGGAGGAGACAAGGAGGAGAUGGUGGAGGCCAGCAGAGGAGGAAAGGAGAGAGAGAUAGAGACGGCCGCAGAGGGAGGAAGCAGAGAACAGGGGGAGAGGGGAGGAAGAGUCCCACUGUAGUUGCACCAGCUACCCCCUCCUCCUCCUCCCCACCUUCUCUCCCCGCAUCCCCACUACAGAUGACCAUACUAGUCUCCAUGGAACAGGACCUCUGCAGGAGGAGACAUCCCAACCUGAGUCUAUUGAUCCAAGGACCAGACAAGGGGCACACACACCCCCCUACAACGGACAGAGUCAGGUAAGACCAUCUUACUCUGUUAAUGGAAAUAUUGUAGGAAUCAGAUUGUAUUGAAACGUUGGUGUAUUGUUAGCAGGGAUUGUCAGUUGAUGCAAAAGUGUGGGAAAAUCGUGAAUUCUCUCUUUCCUUCAUGCAGUCAUCCCCUCAUUCCUCUGGGGAGGACAUGGAGAUCUCAGACGAGGAUGAGGAACACACCAUUACAGCAGUGACCACCCACCACGCCACUCCUUCCUCCAUCUCUUCCCCGUCUUCAUCCAAGGCCCCCCUGCCCUCCCAGACAGACCCCUCUGCCUCCCCCUCUGACCCCACACAGCACUUUGGCACGUCCAUGCCUGCUCCACCCAUCCCCUCUUACCCCACUCACCUCCCUCCCCCGGGCUUUUCCCUGCAGCCCCCUCCACCCCCCUGCAUCCCCCCACCGCUGGCCCACAUGGAGCUGCACCCUGAGUACCCUCCGCCCAUGCCCCCACACAUGUAUGACUAUGCCAGCAGUAUGGAGCUGAUGAACCAGUACAGUGGCGGAGCCCCCAUGUCCUUUCAGAUGCAGACCCAGAUGCUGAGUCGGCUGCACCAGCUGAGGAUGUCCUCUUCUAAUGGCGCCGCUGCCCCCGGCGACGCCCCCCCUUCAGACUACUACCACUCCAUGCCUCCUCCCCCACACCCCCACCACCCUUACAUGGACCAAGAGGGGGGUGGCUACGACCAGGACCACCACUACAUGCCCCCCCACAUGCCCUACGCCUACCCUGGCCCCUCUCAGAUGCCCCACCACCACGCCAUCCCCCCUCCACACACCGGCUGGCCCCCGCAUGUCUUACCCGAACACUACGCGUACCACACCCCGCCGCCCUAUGGGACUAUGCCUCCUGUGGAGGGAGAGGCCCAGUACGGGGCGGAGGGGGACCCCCAAAUGCCCCUGCUAACAGAGAACCCCCACGAGGCCACAGUGCAGCUGGUGCUGGCCACCCUCAUCCAGGAGAUGAAGAGCAUCAUGCAGAGGGACCUCAACCGCAAGAUGGUGGAGAACAUCGCCUUCGGAACCUUCGACGAGUGGUGGGAGCGCAAGGAGACCAAAGCAAAGGUAAGAGAGUGGAACAUAGACAGAGCCCUAAACUACGUACCUGGUUUGAGGAGUUAGUGAGGUAACUUUGGUCAACUCGGGAUAACUGGAACCAUGAAAGUGGCUCACCCUUUAGCCAGGUAAAUUUCUAUGGCAACGAAUCCUUCAGAACUAACCUGCAGGCUAACUCCAUUUAUCCUGAAUGAAGUGUCUACCGUGACCAAAUAAAUCACAUUCCCUCCCUCUCGUAAAGAUUGCAUCAUCACCCCCCUUCAUUUAUUAUCAAUAAUGGUAGGUUUAUUUGAACAGUGAGAGACAGAAUAACAACAAAAAAAUCCAGAAAAACGCAUGUCAAAAAUGUUAUAAAUUGAUUUGCAUUUUAAUGAGGGAAAUAAGUAUUUGACCCCUCUGCAAAACAUGACUUAGUACUUGGUGGCAAAACCCUUGUUGGCAAUCACAGAGGUCAGAUGUUUCUUGUAGUUGGCCACCAGGUUUGCACACAUCUCAGGAGGGAUUUUGUCCCAUUCCUCUUUGCAGAUCUUCUCCAAGUCAUUAAGGUUUCGAGCCUGACGUUUGGCAACUCGAACCUUCAGCUCUCUCCACAGAUUUUCUAUGGGAUUAAGGUCUGGAGACUGGCUAGGCCACUCCAGGACCUUAAUGUGCUUCUUCUUGAGCCACUCCUUUGUUGCCUUGGCCGUGUGUUUUGGGUCAUUGUCAUGCUGGAAUACCCAUCCACGACCCAUUUUCAAUGCCCUGGCUGAGGGAAGGAGGUUCUCACCCAAGAUUUGAUGGUACAUGGCGCCGUCCAUCGUCCCUUUGAUGCGGUGAAGUUGUCCUGUCCCCUUAGCAGAAAAACACCCCCAAAGCAUAAUGUUUCCACCUCCAUGUUUGACGGUGGGGAUGGUGUUCUUGGGGUCAUAGGCAGCAUUCCUCCUCCUCCAAAUACGGCGAGUUGAGUUGAUGCCAAAGAGCUCCAUUUUGGUCUCAUCUGACCACAACACUUUCACCCAGUUCUCCUCUGAAUCAUUCAGAUGUUCAUUGGCAAACUUCAGACGGCCCUGUGUAUGUGCUUUCUUGAGCAGGGGGACCUUGCGGGCGCUGCAGGAUUUCAGUCCUUCACGGCGUAGUGUGUUACCAAUUGUUUUCUUGGUGACUAUGGUCCCAGCUGCCUUGAGAUCAUUGACAAGAUCCUCCCGUGUAGUUCUGGGCUGAUUCCUCACCGUUCUCAUGAUCAUUGCAACUCCACGAGGUGAGAUCUUGCAUGGAGCCCCAGGCCGAGGGAGAUUGACAGUUCUUUUGUUUCUUCCAUUUGCGAAUAAUCUCACCAACUGUUGUCACCUUCUCACCAAGCUGCUUGGCGAUGGUCUUGUAGCCCAUUCUAGCCUUGUGUAGGUCUACAAUCUUGUCCCUGACAUCCUUGGAGAGCUCUUUGGUCUUGGCCAUGGUGGAGAGUUUGGAAUCUGAUUGAUUGCUUCUGUGGACAGGUGUCUUUUAUACAGGUAACAAACUGAGAUUAGGAGCACUCCCUUUAAGAGUGUGCUCCUAAUCUCAGCUCGUUACCUAUAUAAAAGACACCUGGGAGCCAGAAAUCUUUCUGAUUGAGAGGGGGUCAAAUACUUAUUUCCCUCAUUAAAAUGCAAAUCAAUUUAUAACAUUUUUUACAUGCAUUUUUCUGGAUUUUUGUUGUUGUUAUUCUGUCUCUCACUGUUCAAAUAAACCUACCAUUCAAAUUAUAGACUGAUCAUUUCUUUGUCAGUGGGCAAACGUACAAAAUCAGCAGGGGAUCAAAUACUUUUUUCCCUCACUGUAAAUGCUAAAAUACAUUUACAUUUUAGUCAUUUAGCAGACACUCUUAUCCAGAGCGACUUACAGGAGCAAUUAGGGUUAAGUGCCUUGCUCAAGGGCACAUCGACAGAUUUUUCACCUAGUCGGCUCGGGGAUUAGAACCAGAGACCUUUCGGUUACUGGCACAAUGCUCUUAACCACUAAGCUACCUGCCGCCCAUUUAGUAAUGACAGAAUGCAUUUGAAACUUGACGCACAGUAAAACUUGUGUAUCUAUAAGAGUGGGUAAAAAGGUGCUUGUGCAAUGAUAAGCACACCAAAGGACACCAAAGACAGCAUUAACACCAUAGCCUGCUGAAUUUGCAAGAUAACUUUUCUUUCAAUUUGAUUUUGGGACAAAUAAAAUGUGGCACUUACUCGCCCAUGGAUUCAUGUUUCAGCAUUAUCUCGAAGAGUUUGGCGUUCGAUUAGCCACGUGCGACAUGCACGCACAGUUACAAGCCUGCUAGAGUUGGCGGCAGGCGGACAAGCAAUAUCCACUGUCGUAGUACGGAUGAAGUCUGAGCUAGAAUGUGAAGCUAACUGAAGCUGGCUAGCUUUAGAAAACCCUGAGUAGAUCUAGCUUGCAUCGUAGUAUACCCAUCUGGUCAAUUUAAAUGGGUUUCUGAUUUCCAUUUUUCAUUCAAGUUUUUCAAGUCGUACAUGGUCUUCCUGUUUAUUGUUUUUUUUAAAAUCCAUGAUUUGAUUUGCCAUGAUGCCCGUUGGCUUUUGUAAAUCCACAUCUGUCCUCCCUCCCCAGCCGUUCCAGACCAUGGUUCGGGGUGUGGCUGCAGUGAGGGACGAGGACAAGAAGGAGGAGAACAAGGUCAGCAGCAAGCCCCGGGAGCCCCUCAUGUCUCUGGUGGACUGGGCCAAGAGUGGAGGAAUGGAAGGCUUCUCACUGAGAGGGGCGCUACGACUACCCUCAUUCAAGGUAAACAAGUACACAGAGGCAGCAGUUGAACUCGGGAAUUGUCAGUUACUCAUGUACAUUCAUUUGUGUACUGUGCAUAGGAAAUAGAGAUGGAUUAGUACUGUACAUGUAUAGAAAUUACACUAAUACAUGUUCAUGAAUAGACAUUACUCCAUUCACUUAGGGAUUUUUUCCACCAUAAUUUACCAUGAUAUUAACUGUGUGUGUAUUGUGUCCAGGUGAAGAGGAAAGAACCUCAGGAGCUAGCAGAGGUAGGAGAGAUGAAGAGACCCAAGACACCGCCAGAGGAUGAUGACGAAGGUGAGCUUCUGAUCCAUGACCCCCUCCUUUGGGAAUCCCUUUGGGGAGAUGUCACCCACCAUCUUUGUGUUUCCUAUGUUGGCUCACCAUCUCUCCUCCUCCUCCCCCCAGACUCGUACCAUGAGAAGGGUCUAGAGGUAGGAAUGGCAGAUGGGGAGGGCCACAGGGCUGAGAGGGACAGCAGGCGGAGGAAGAAGACCAGAAGUCGGAAACCUUGGGACCUGGACAGCGAAGGAGAGGAGACUUCUGAUGGUUCUUCUUCAGAUAAGGUGUGUGUCUGCAUGUGCAAAGGAUAAUUUAGCAUGAAAAAUGUUUCUCCACAUAAUAAAGUUGACCUUAUCUCAAAAAUGGAAUAUAUGGCUACAGAAACAAUAAUGCAUGAUUCUUCUAAUCAGUUGAUGAUUUCCGCAAGCCAUACAUACUGGCGGUGUUGUUGUAUUUCCCCAUAGUGCUGGGUAGAUGGCAGCAUUUCACUGUGUGCCUCUCCAUACUCCGCUGUAUUUUGGCUACAUUGACUUGGGUUGAACCUGAGACACUGUUGUUUAUUAUCACGAACUGUGUUCUUUUGUUCCUCUCUGUAGGAGGAUGAGGAAAGUGACAAGGAGUCUGAAGGUAAAUCUAGCUUUCUUAAUGUUGUCCUUAUUGAGGCCAAUGUGCUGCCCCCCACAGGCUUUCUUCUCUACCUUUUCCAUCAUGCCAUCUUAUCAUCUCUCACUUCAUCUCUCAUUUCUUUGUCUUCAGAUGAGGCCUUGAGUGCUGACAGCGAUGAUGAGAGCCUCUCCUCAUCCACAGAGAGUUCUUCCUCCUCAACAUCAUCCUCCUCUUCCUCUGAAGACGAGGAUGAGGAGGAAGGAGAGCAGGCCGGGAGUGGACUGGACACCAUGGAUGAGUCUACGAUGGACAGCACAGUUCUGGACACAGAGAAGGAGGAUGACCGGUACGUUUUGAACAGUGUUCUUGUUUCUGAAUAUACUUGCAUAUACCUGUAUAUAAGUAUCCAAAAUGCUUGAUAUAUAUUUCCUAUGGAAGUAUCUUUAUUGCAACUUUGUUGCUCAAAUGUGUCUGUGGGUUGAUACUGACCAUUCCACUUGUUGUGAUCUCUAGAGAAAAGUCUGCAGCUGCUGUUCCAAAGGCACCGCUCAGCACGGAGAUCAAAGCAGGUUAGUCACACAUUUAGUUUCUCUGUUAUGGAUGUUCAUUGGCAAAUGCCAAUGUUGUUUUUCACCUGAUUUAUAAUUUAAAUAUGUGCCCAUCUCUCAGAAAUUGCUGCCAGCAAGAAGGAUUCAUCAACACCCAGCUCAAACGCUCGUCCUCCAGCCCCCCGCCCCUCCUCCUCCAUUGUCAUUGUUCCUCCUCUCAAGAAGCGACGGAAGACCGUCUCGUUCUCUACCAGGGAGAGCGACUACAAACCCCACCUGCCAACGGUCCCCUUGUCCCCACCUCCCUCCACUGCCUCUCCUCCCUUCUCCCCCAUCAAAUCUCACCUUCCAGACUCCAUCCUCAUCGUCUCCACACCUGGAACCACCCCCUCCAAGACUCUCUCACUCCUCCCCUUUGCCUCCAAACCAGGCGAAGGCCACGCCCUCUCUCCCUCCCCUGUUCUCACUGUUCCCUCGCCUGUAUGCCCCGAAGACUCCAAAAAGAGCCCUGUCCCUCUGGUGUCCCCCCCAAUCACCCCCACCAAGUCCCCCAACAAACGGGGGGCCUCUCCCAAAUCCCCCGCCCCCGCUCCAGUGUGGGUGUGUCGCACCGUGCAGAACCUCCCCCUGGACCACGCCUCCAUGGUCAAGAUGGCCUUCGAGGAGGCCCCGCCCCCCGUCACAAAGGGCCGGGGCAGGGGACGCCCCAGGACUGUCAGCCUGUCGACCCCCACCCCUCCCCCCUCCUACCACACACUCAGAGAGGAGGAUGAGGAGGAGGAGGAGAGACUGCAGAGGCUGAGACUCAGGGAGCAGCUGGGAGCAUCCAGCCUGAUACAGCUGGGCUCGGCCCCCACGGCUGACCUGUCUGUCCUGGCUGAUGUGGCCCUGAAGCUGGACCCAGACGCUGGAGACUCGGAGGAGACGGAGACAUCAGACGAGGCAGAGGAGCAGAAGAUGGAGGAGGAGAUGCUCCUCUCUCCAAAAGCCCUACCCCUGGUUAUGGACCCACAGGGCCUGUCUGCCCUGCAGGAGCACAACUAUUCCAAAGCCCCCUUCCACCUCAUCCCCGCCCAAAAGAGGAAUGUCUCCAAACAGGAGCCAGGGGUGCUCCUCCCUGCAGACCUCAACCAUCACGCCAUCUCUGGGGUGCUGGAGGCACCUGAGGAGGUCAUAGGGGAACCCCUGCCCUCUAGGGACAGACACCAGGCUGAGUAUCUGUCUGGCAUGGGGCUGCUGUGUGAGGCUGGCAACACGGCCAAGGACGCUGUGCUGGCACCUCUCACCCCAUCAGCCAAGAGGAAGGGAAUGGUAGCGAGGGGGCGUGAAUUGGAGGAGAUGGGCAAAGGGAAGAACAAGAAGAGGAGGAGGAAAGACAAGGAAAAUCUGGAGUUGCAGCAAACGAAAAAACAGAAGGAACAUCAGACCAAGAAACAGAAGAAGAGGAAACUAGAGGUGUGUGAAAUGUUUUGUGGGUUUGUGCAUGUGUCAAGUGUCACAACUAAGAAGUGUUGAGUAUGGCGCGUCAAGCACGUAAAAAUAGGUUAUUGCUCAACCACAGCUUACAUUUACUGUAACUUUGUCAUCUUAAAAUGACAUGCAAAGCAACUUUGUCUUUCCUCAAUUGCACAAAGUUUCACAGCUUGACAGUUAAAUGGUCAAAUUGUCAUGUAAAAAACAAAUGUUACUAGUAAAUUACCAUCUAAUCCAGAAAGUCCCAUCCUAGGGCCUGUAUGUGCCUGUUACUGGAUAAUCUUAGUUCCUGUGUUGACAUCUCCCCCUCUCCCACUCUAUCCUUGUUCCUGUCCCUCUCCCACUCUCUCCCCUUCCUGUCCCCUUCUCCCCUCUCUCCCUGGUUCCUGUCAGGAGGUGGACCUGGAGGAGGAUGUGGACGUGGAGCAGCUGGAGCCGGGUGAGCUGUCUAACACGGAGGACGAGGAAGAGGAAGAGUGGGACGAUGUGAGGAAGAGCGAGCGCCUCUUCCUCCAGGAGGCCGGGCUGACGUCGUCGCAGCGUUGGCCCAAGCCCAUCCCAGCCCCGGAGCCCAUCACAUUUGACCAGCGCAGCGAGUUUGAGCAGAUGACCAUCCUGUACGACAUCUGGAACUCUGGUCUAGACGUGGAGGACAUGACUCUGCUGAAGACCACCUACGAGAAGCUGCUGCAGGACGACCACAGCACUGACUGGCUCAACGACACACACUGGGUCCACCACACUGAUAUCCUUUACUACUGGCACUGCUGGGAUGACUGGCAGGGCAGGGGGUUUGGAACGAGGGUUAGAAGCCCUGUUUGUGUAUUAGGAUCUUCCAUGUGUUGAGGCCUCUUAUGAACAGUUGAGCUGUGUUAUAAAGUAAUCUUCCUGUAUGUGGAACGGCGCAAAUGGAAUGGCAUCAAACACAUGGAAACCAUGUGUUUGAUAUAUUAGAUACCAUUCCACCUAUUCCGCUCCAGCCAUUACCACGAGCCCAUCCUCCACAAUUAAGGUGCCACCAACCUCCUGUGGUGGAAGUAGAUUAAAUGGUGUGUAAUGAUGAAUGUGUAUUUAGAUGGACUGGUGUGUUAUGAAUGUGUGUUUAGAUGGACUGGUGUGUGUUCAGCAGUAACUGUUGUUAGCCUUAAUGUGUGGCCUGCACUUACCAACAUCCCCAACCCGCGGCGUAAGAAGAAGAGUGCAGACGGGCAGCUGCGGGAGCACGUGACGGGCUGUGCCAGGAGCGAGGGCUACUACGCCAUCAGCAGGAAGGAGAAGGAUGUCUACCUGGAUCUGGAACUGCCUGAGCAGGCCCUACUGGAGGCUGCCGACUACGAUGCCUCGGUACGCACACCUCACUUUACCAUCUCUUUCCUUUUUAGACUAUAUAUGGUCUCUGGCUUUUCAUACAAUGGUAUCAUGUUGUUGCCUUUCAUAACCUCUGAACACAGAUCCUUUGUUCCAAUAAGAUGAAUAACCUUUGGUCAUUGAAUACAGGGAAGUUGGUGAUUCAUUAUUUUGAUCAAAACAAGUAGUGUAUUUCUUAUUUUAGCAUAUGCUUCACAAUGCUAUAGGAAGUCCCGCAGAGUUUGUCAUGCAGAUGUAUUCAACAGCUUUGCUGCGUCUGCUCGUGGCAAUGAAAAUGAACUCGCUCAACCCCAGAUUAACUAUUUUAUUGGGCAUUUAGGUCAAAGUGCCUCUGGCUCAGUAGUAUUUAGCUCAAGGCCAUGUGAUAGUGUGUGUCACCGUGUGUGUGUCACUGACCCCAUGUAACCGUCCUUCUGCCCUCCCCCUCAGGGCUCAAACAGGCUGCUGUCAGAGAGACGGUCGGAGCAGCGCCGCCUCCUCAGUGCCAUAGGCAUCCCUGCAGUCAUGGACUCUGACCUGCUCAAACUCAACCAGCUCAAGGUACACAGCAGCCUGGAACUAUGUGUACCACUGACAUUAUGUAACUGCUGUGUUGUCGCUGGUCUACAACCACCAUGUCAUUUCCCAUGGGUUUCAUGUUGAGAACUUACGUCUCUACUGUGUAAUGAAGACCUUGACCUUUUAAACCCAUGCCAGUGUGUUGAUAAUGAGACUUUGACCCAGGACUAUGGUGAAAUCUAGAGGAAAGGCUGAUAUUGCAUUCAAUCCAGUUGUCUAGACAAAGCUUGAUGAUGAGUUGGUUAUUUGAAUCCGUUGUGUAGUGCCGGGGGGGGGGGGGGGGGCAGGACAGUUUGGGAAACCCUGGUGUAGAGAGUAACUAAAGGAUUAUUGCACCACUAUGGCACUAACUCGUACUUCCUUCCUUCCUCAGUUCCGUAAGAAGAAGCUUAGAUUUGGCCGCAGUAGGAUCCAUGAAUGGGGCCUGUUCACCAUGGAACCCAUUGCUGCUGACGAGAUGGUCAUUGAGUAUGUGGGCCAGAACAUCAGACAGGUACUGGUCAUUGUACUGCUUGAAUAUGUAGUGUGUAGGGCCAUAUUGUAGUCUGUACUUCAUUCAUCCAUAGUGUGGUAUCAUAGCAUUAGCAAUAGACACAUGACAAACAUCAGUGUUGGUCUUUCCUGGGUGUUCAGCUGGCAUCAUUGUUUGUGUUUGUGCCCGUUUCUUUGCCAGAUGGUGGCUGACAACAGAGAGAAGCGUUAUGCCCAGCAGGGCAUCGGGAGCAGCUACCUGUUCAGAGUGGACCACGACACCAUCAUCGAUGCCACCAAGUUAGGCAACCUGGCACGCUUCAUCAACCACUGCUGCACUGUGAGUCAGCCCACACCUACACAAGCAAAACUAUACAGGUUAUAACAAUGGAGUGACGCAACAUGACGACUAAAUAGAAAUACAUACGUUUCCAUCAUACAUAUUUAGUGACUGAUACACACAAUGCUCAGAGUAACAUUGACUGGUAAGAUCCUCUAAGUAGUUUGGUUUUCUCUGAAUUUCCCAUAACUGGUCUUGUUCCUCUUCCUUCCCCAGCCUAACUGCUACGCAAAGGUGAUCACCAUAGAAUCCCAGAAGAAGAUUGUGAUCUACUCCAAGCAGGCCAUUGGCAUGAAUGAAGAGAUUACCUACGACUACAAGUUCCCUCUAGAGGAAAAUAAGAUUCCCUGUCUGUGUGGAACAGAGAACUGCCGUGGGACGCUCAACUAGAGACCACAGCAAUGACCACACUCACACUGAGGGGUGGCAGUACCCCGUUUCAGUCCCUCCUGUCCCCCCUCCACAAACCCCCGACUAUAACCAAGAACAAAGCCAUGGUUCCAACACACCCACCACCAACAGCCCACCUGCUCCUCCAGACUGUCAAACAGUUGUCUGUACCAUAUCCAGGAAACAGAGAGACACACGCAACGUUUGCACUGUUCACACACUUUAAUUUACCUGGGGUUAUGGUUUAUUAUCUUAGGGGUUGUGAGACCCUCCCUCCCAGGGGUGUGAUUAAUAUUCGGGCCCCCUCUCCUGUACCCCAAAACCCCUGAAAUUCAGAAUUAGUCUCCGCUGUAGCAGGAUUUAGUAACUU